AAAAAAUGGCAGAAAUGCGCGGGUCCCACUCCGCCAAAGGCAAAAUCCUCUCAGCUCUUGCAGAUUUGACAAUGGGCGUUUUUAAAGCAAAUUUCCAUUUGUUCUUCUUUUUUAAUUUUUUCAAUACGAAAAAAAGAACUGAGAAUCCCAAAAAAAAAAAAAAAAAGAAAUUCAAGAGACAAACGAAGUAGAGAAAAAGAUUAAUAGUUUCUACUUCCAUUAAAGCUUUAACUAUGUUUCUUCGGAUCAGUUCUUACUAUUCUCUGCUACUAAUUACGUUUCUCGUAGUUUCUUCUGCUAUAAGCAGCGCUUUCAGUUGGGGCGUUUUUAACGUCAAGUACAAGUUCGCCGGCCGUCAGCGUUCUCUUUUUGACUUGAGAGACCACGAUAGCCGCCGUCAACUUCGAAUUCUCGCCGGCGUUGAUCUCCCCUUGGGUGGUUCUGGUCGACCCGAUGGACUUGGACUUUAUUAUGCAAAAAUAGGGAUAGGAACGCCUUCGAAGGAUUACUAUGUGCAAGUAGACACAGGAAGCGAUCUAAUGUGGGUUAAUUGUAUUCAGUGUAAAGAAUGCCCCAAAAGGAGCUCCCUUGGUAUAGAUCUUACUUUAUACAAUAUUAAGGACUCUGCCACUGGCAAGUUGGUUUCAUGUGAUCAAUAUCGUGUUUGUUUUAUUUAUAUGCUAUGGUUACAGAUAGAUCUUACUUUAUACAAUAUUAAGGACUCUGCCACUGGCAAGUUGGUUUCAUGUGAUCAAGAGUUUUGUUAUGCCAUUAAUGGAGGUCCAUUGGUUGGUUGUAUGGCUAAUCAGUCCUGUCCGUAUCUUGAGAUAUAUGGAGAUGGGAGCUCCACUGCAGGAUACUUUGUAGAAGACAUUGUACUAUAUGAUCGAGUGUCUGGCGAUCUUGAAACCUCGUCUGCAAAUGGAAGUGUUAUAUUUGGGUGUGGUGCUACACAAUCAGGGAAUCUAGAUUCAUCUAAUGAAGAAGCACUUGAUGGAAUACUUGGUUUUGGAAAAUCUAAUUCAUCAAUGAUUUCCCAGCUUGCUUCAUCUGGAAAUGUGAAAAAGAUAUUUGCUCACUGUUUAGAUGGGGUUAAUGGAGGCGGUAUCUUUGCUAUUGGGCAUGUUGUGCAACCAAAAGUUAACAUGACUCCAUUGGUAUCAAAUCAGCCACAUUACAAUGUCAAUAUGACGGCAAUUCAAGUUGGUCAUGAUUUCCUAAAUUUUACGGCAGAUUUAUUCGAGUCAGGAGACCGAAAAGGGACAAUAAUAGACAGUGGAACAACCUUGGCAUAUCUACCAGAAAUGGUUUAUGAGCCAUUCGUAAGUAAGAUAUUUUCUCAGCAUCCUUAUUUGAAGCUUCAAACUGUUCAGGAUGAUUAUACAUGUUUUCAGUACUCUGAAAGUCUAGAUGAGGGAUUUCCAAAUGUGACUUUCCAUUUUGAAAACUCAGUUAUUCUGAAAGUUUAUCCUCAUGAGUACCUAUUCCCCUUUAAUGGUUUGUGGUGCAUUGGAUGGCAAAACAGCGGAAUGCAAUCCAGGGAUCGAAAGAACAUGACCCUCUUGGGAGAUUUAGUGCUUUCAAACAAGCUCGUUUUGUAUGAUUUGGAAAAUCAGGCCAUUGGAUGGACAGAGUACAAUUGCUCUUCAAGCAUACAAGUGUUGGAUGAACGGACUGGAACAGUGCAUUUAGUAGGUUCCCAUUAUAUUUCUUCUGCUUGCCGUUUGAAUACCCAGUUUAUUAUAAUUUUGAUUUUGUUAGCUACGUUACUACACUAUCCAGACUGCUGAUAUUCCAUAGUCUAUACAAAAUACUAACUGUCAAUUAAGAUAAAGAAAUCAUAUAUAGAAAUGAAAUCAGCAUAUUCAUCUUGAUAUAGUUUGUUGAAUGAUUAACAUGAUAUUAUAGAAUACUUGACAUAACUGGUAAAUCUAUUCCCAUACCAAGUACAGCAACAAACUGGGAUAAAGACCUUGGAGUAAUACAUUCACUAUUGCCUUUUUUACUUCCCGUAGUGAAUCUGUAGAAAUGCAGGAAACUAACCAGAUUCGCUCAUUCCAUUACUUCCCAUCACUUUGGCUGAGCGUAACUUUAGCUCCUUUUUCAAUAUGUAACAUGAUAUCUCAAGGUACACCUAUGUAAUGUAUGUAAUUACAUUAACCAUUUGUAUAAAAAAAAAAAUCAGUAUUACUAAUGAAAUGUGAGUUUCAAUUGUAUCCUGAGACAUUCUUUGUAUGUGCCAACCAGCUUUUCUUCAUUUUGUGAUGGACCGUAAUUAUUAAUACUUAAGAGAGACCAAGAGCAAGUCUUUGGAGUGAUGGACUCAAGUUGUUCAAUUUCGCAUACUCUAUACUUGCAUGUUGUGUUGUAUCGUGUAUCAUGUUCUGCUCUGUUAUUUAAACGAAUUUGAUUGGAUAUCCAUUUAAAUGACUAAUGACUUUCACGGUUAUGAUUGUUUGAACAAUGAGUUAUGCUCAUUGAUUUAUGGUUACGAUAGUCUUGGUAUUGAAGUAAAGAAGUCUUGUUGGUGUUGGGGACCUGCGUUCCUUUUUUAUAAGCUUAGAGCCUCAGACCCCUACAAACUUUCUGGUUUGCGAGUCUUGUUUUGCAAGAAAAGCUUGAAAGGACCUCCAAAUGAUUCUAAAGUUUUGUUUGACACUGUGGGAAGUUGUUGUGAGAGUUCUUUCAACCCCACUGAUUUUUUUUUCCACUUGAAGUCUCCAAUUAGAAAAAAAAAAAAAAAAGAUUCAAUGCCGAACUUUUCUCAAUGUCAAAUAGCAAUUUGUUAACAGUCAUGUCAUGUGAUUUAUUGAUAUAGUAUUAAACUUUUAAUUUGAAUUUAAAUUUCAAUAACUUCCUAUAAAAAAAAUGACACCUAAGACAAUACAAACAUAAGUACAAAUAUCAUUGUCAUUGUUUUAAGAAGAGCAAUAGCAGCCUCCUACUUUUGAGAUCUCAAUCAUUGUUUUAAGAAGAGCAUUAGUGGUAGCAGCCUCUUACUAUUGGAAAUCUCUCAAUCAUUGUUUUAAGAAGAGUAUUAGCAGCCUCAUACUAUAGAAAUCUCUCAAUCUUUGAAAAUUUUCUCAGCCUCCCUUAUCCUAUAGCUUAUACCAAACAAAAGAAUAACCAAAUUUACAACACCUUCACAGCACAAAAAUAACCAACCACCAGUUAUUGAUUUACAUAAAUGAAGAAACCAAAUCCCCAAGUCAAGCACCCAUUCUCUUCCUAUAAUUUCCGAAUCCGAAAAAUCCCCUCGCGGGUAUUUGCUUUCGUCCAUGAAUCCUUCAUGCAAGCCCAAGGCAUUUUUUGGGUAAUAUGGUUGGUGCAAUGAUUAUUAUCG